GUGUCCACAAUGUUAUUGUUAAUGAGAUAAGCGAUAGGCGCAGUGGAUAUGCGCAGUAAAUACAAGUUUCAAAGAAGAGAAUGACAAUCCAACUCAUCUCAAAAUUCGCCAAUUUUGUGACAGAAAAAAUAAAAGAACUGCACUACACUGGUGCUGAUCGAAGUACAUGAAUAGAACAUAAAAACUUUCAUCCGAAAAAUGAUUAAAAAAGUGCUAAUCUGGAAAUAACAAAAUUGAUCAAACAUUUUAACAAUACUCAACUUAAAAAAUGGCUGACAACUUUCAAGACAUUCUUUAUGAGAUUGUAAGCGGUUUACAAGAUGGAAUAUUAGGAACACUUAAGAUCCGAAAGUUAGGGAAAGCAGAGAGUGAAGAGAUAUUAAAGAAAGACCCAGAGCCAAUGACUACCUUGGCAAGACGGAGAGCAGAGCGCAAUAAAGACAAAGUCCAGCACAAGGAAAGAGAGCCAAAGAUUAUACAGAGGAUUAUAAUGUGCUGUGCUUGGAAUGGUGGUAUCUUUUUGAUGAGUAUCUUCUUGUUCAACCAUAUGCUGCUGCCCAUUGUUCAGCUAAUUAUAGCUGGCAUAUUUGGAGGGUCUGGGAAUAACAGUGUAUGGGGCUGGAUCGGACCCAUACUCUCCUGGACAUUCAGCGCCCUCUGGAUCCUGCCAAUAUUUGUCCUCAGCAAAGUUGUCAACAGUCUUUGGUUUCAGGAUAUAGCUGAUGCAGCAUACUUCCAGUAUAGGGGAAAACCAAAACAGUUCAACAUCAGCAGCCUGAUUGCUGACAUCAGCUUCAGCAUGCUGCUUCAGGCUUUCUUCCUCAUACAGGUAAGUCAACUAUUGUCUCUAAGGGACAUUAGCAGAUUCCUUUAUUCAGUGACUAGUUCAUACAUACAUGCAUUUUUUAACGUAAAAUCUUACUUCAUCCUCGAAAUUACAGAGGUUAAGGAAGAGACUGUAACCCUUGUACUUUGA